AAACAAAAAAAAAAAGAAAAAGAAAAAGCAAGAGAACGCUGAACACAGGUCUUAGAAAUUUCCCAAUAAUUUCAAACCCAUCGUUCGCCCUAACAACCUCACUCCUCGGGCGCAUCCCCACCACCGUCGCCGGCCUUCAAAAUUGAGCUCCAUCCGCUCCGUUCGCCGGCGGCGCUACCGUCCUCCUUUCGUCGUUUGUCUUGAGCUCAACGCCGGCGGCUACAAACACUAAUUGCCAGAAACGCUGUCGUUUCGAGAAGAAUCUUUUCGAGUAGAACAUUCUCGAAUCCUUCUUUUGUUUCAGUGUUAGAUAAAGCAAAAGAAACUGAACUUGCUUGCCGGUGUAGUAUACACAGUCCUGGAGAUCGCUGCAUCAGAUUCCAUUCCACUGGUGUUAUGGAGAUAUCAUUGUUAAAGAUGCUUGUUAAUGGCAUAUCCUCGUUUCUGAAUUUAUCGUUUUCUGGAAACAUCAACUCGGAACCCAUCUCAAAGUAUUACCAAAAGGCAGAGGAGAUACUUAGGCUGUUGAAGCCAAUUAUUGAUGCAAUUGCUCAUUCUGAGUUAGCUUCUGAUGAAGUGCUUAGUAAGAUAUUUGAAGAACUUGGUCAUGCAAUUGAUGAAUUAAGGGAGCAUAUUGAGAACUGGCACCUGUUGUCCAGCAAAGUUUACUUUGCUAUGCAAGUUGAACCCUUGAUAUCUAGGAUAAGGACUUUGGGGCUCAAUAUUUUCCAGCAGCUGAAGGUUUCUCAGCAAUGUCUGCCCGAUGAAUUGAGUUCUGAGCAUCUGGAGCAUUGUGUUCAGAAACUUAAGCAUUUGGGACAUGAAGAAGUAUCAGCAGUCAUUAAGGAAGCUAUUACUGAACAACGGGAAGGUUUAGGACCCAGUUCAGAGGUCCUGGCAAAAAUUGCUGAUAGCCUAGGUCUAAAGUCUAAUCAGGAGGUUCUGAUUGAGGCUGUGGCCCUUGAAAAAUUGAAGGAGAAUGCUGAGCAAACUGAAAAGACUGCAGAAGCUGAAUAUAUUGAUCAAAUGAUUGCUGUUGUAACACAUAUGCAUGAGCGGCUUAGUAUGCUUAAGCAAGCUGAGAGUAGCAGCCCAGUUCCAGUACCUGCUGAUUUUUGUUGUCCUCUCUCUUUGGAGUUGAUGACUGAUCCAGUGAUUGUGGCAUCAGGACAAACCUAUGAGCGGGCUUUCAUUAGGAACUGGAUUGAUCUUGGACUUACUGUUUGUCCGAAGACUCGGCAGGCACUAGCUCAUACCAACCUAAUACCUAACUACACUGUAAAAGCACUAAUUGCAACUUGGUGUGAGUCAAACAAUGUGAAACUGGUUGAGCCCUCGAAGUCCACUAGUUUAAAUCAAGCAUCUGUCAUUCAGGGGUAUAUGGAGUCUGGUACAACCAGGGACUCACCUGUCUUUUCUCAUUCCAGGGGCAACCAGCCAUCCUCACCUGAGUCGGCGCGUUCUCAUUCUUUUAGUUCACCAGGUAAUAACAUAUCUUCUGCUGGAAUCCAGCGAGAGGGAACAUCACCAUUGCAUCCCCGUUCAAUUUCUGAAGGUUCCUUAAGUGGUAUGGUUAAUGGGCAGCAUAUGGAUCUUGCUGGAGCAGGUUUAGAUGACAGGUCUGCUAGCUCAGAUGAAAGCAGUGUGGAUUCAGUUGGCCAACCCUCAAUGUCGCCAUCUAAAAGGGAAUCGUCUGGUGCCUUUAUCCCUGACCAAGCCCAAGCCCAAGCCCAUGUUAGAACUAUUUCUUACUCCAGUGCACUUUCUAGUGGAAAUUUCCCCCAAGAAACACCAGGUGAUGAUAAUAGUUCUCCUCAGUUGUCAAGCAGUCCAGCAUACAGUAGAGAUGUUUCAGGUGAAUUAAAUCCCGGCCUAGAUUCUGCUAGUGCUGCUACCGUUCCAUCUUCACAUAGAGAACCAGAGUUCCCACCUCGAUCAGAGACAAGGUCCCGAACAUCUUUGUGGCAGCGACCAUCCCAGAGGCUUGUUCCUAGGAUGGCAUCCUCUCCUGCUGCUGAAACUAGAGCUGAUCUUUCUGCUAUUGAAUCCCAGGUUCGGAAGUUGGUUGAGGGCUUGAAGAGCACCAAUAUUGAUACUCAGAGAGAGGCAACAGUAGAAAUUCGGCUUCUUGCCAAGCAUAAUAUGGAUAAUCGAAUUGCAAUUGCAAACUGUGGAGCCAUUACCAUAUUAGUUGAGUUACUCAGAUCACCAGAUACAAGGAUCCAGGAAAAUGCUGUUACUGCACUUCUGAACUUAUCAAUCAAUGACAAUAACAAAAGUGCAAUAGCAAAUGCUGGUGCAAUUGAACCUCUGAUUCAUGUGCUGAAGACAGGGAGCCCAGAAGCCAAGGAGAAUUCUGCUGCCACUCUAUUCAGCUUAUCAGUGAUUGAGGAAAACAAAAUUAGCAUUGGUAGGUCGGGGGCUAUUGGACCGUUGGUUGAUCUAUUAGGGAAUGGAACUCCUAGGGGUAAGAAAGACGCAGCCACUGCUUUGUUUAAUUUGUCAAUAUUUCAUGAAAACAAGAAUCGAAUUGUGCAAGCUGGUGCCGUGAAGCACCUUGUGGAGUUAAUGGACCCUGCUGCCGGAAUGGUUGAUAAGGCAGUGGCAGUCUUAGCAAAUCUGGCCACAAUUCAAGAAGGAAGAGUUGCUAUUGGUCAGGAAGGUGGGAUUCCUGUUUUGGUCGAGGUUGUCGAGUUGGGCUCUGCAAGAGGAAAAGAGAAUGCAGCAGCAGCUCUUCUGCAUCUAUGCUUACAUAGCAACAGAUUCUUAAGCAUGGUGCUUCAGGAAGGAGCUGUCCCACCAUUAGUCGCGUUAUCACAGUCAGGUACCCCGAGGGCCAAAGAAAAGGCCCAGGCUCUCCUCAAUCAAUUUAGAAGUCAGAGACAUAAUGCGGGGAGGGGCUGAUUUUGAAUCCCCAAGCUGUUGUACCAUCCAAAGGUUUUGAAUUAACUUUUUAUAGUACUUCUCUAAUUUAUGCAUUAUUACAUGCUGCAAAUAAUGUGUGUAAAGGUGUUUUGCAUUAUUGUUUCACUUGCUUGUAAAGGGGGAAAAUGUUAUUUAUGGGGGGCACCAUUUGAUUGUUUCCUCUAACGGAAAACCUUUUUCUGUGUUGUGAAGAAAAUUUAUACAUGUAAGUCUAGCUUUUGUUUUUAACAAAGAGAAUGUCUGGCUUCUGUUGCUGGCAUAGGGCGAGAGAUGGCUGUGGACAAAUGAUUUUGUUUUAUUUAGAGUUUAACUGCCCCACAAUGUAUGGUAUCAACUAUCAAUAUCAAAAUUUUUUCAUGUUGGCAUAUGUAAAUGUGGCUCUUGCUGUUGUAGUAAUUCAAUUCCCUUUUAUUGUUGAACUGUUCAUAUUCCUCCACUUUAUCAAUGAAUCAGAAGAUUUUAUUAAAGGAAGAGUUUACCUAAUAUUUUUUCAUCAUUCAUCCCCUUGUGGUUCUAGAUACUGAAUUUUAGCACAUGAACUUUUGGAAAUGACAACUAAAUCAGUUGUCUUAAUUUGGUUGUUUCAUGAAAUCCUGAUUAUUAAUUCCAAGUACUGUUGAAUCACAAUAAAACAACACGUCAUAUACCUUACUAACUAUCUAUAAACCAAGGGAAUGAGUUUUUCUUAUUGAAAAAUUCAUUUUACUAUGGCUUGGUCUGAACAUGAGUUAUACAAGAAUAUUAGUAAGACCAUCGUGUAUAUGUGAAAGUGUAUUUGGAUUAAGCAAAUCAUAAAAUCAUUGCCUUCUUCUAAACAAUAGUAUAAUUAUAUUUUCACUUAAUGGUAGUGAUCAAUGUACUAAAUAUUUUAUUCCAUAAUGAUAGGCGAUAACAUUUUAUAUAUUGAACUACACAAGAACCCACUAGAAUGGAAAUUCUUGUGUUUCUCUUUACAUAAACAAAGAGAAACACAUGAAAAGAUCCAUUAUAUAAUUCACACUUUUCCAAAUCACUAGUCUUCACUUAAUUAGAGUCUUAAACAGCUUAAACUAACUAAACUGCUUCUCAAUUUCCAGAGGCACAAAGUCACAUCAAGAAAUGAAUUUAUGUGUCUUUAUUCAUAAAUUUACUCAUGAACUAAUUCACUCUUCUGCAAUUCUUCCUUAUCUCACCUUUUGACCCAGUUAAGGGAAGGAUGUUCCCCAUCUUAAUCAUUCCAGUAACAAAGUCAGAAGCAAAGGCCUUAUUAUUCUGACUAUAGGCCUUAACAAGUGAAUCAGUGGAUCCACCAUUGAAGAGUUCUUGAUCAGAAUGAAGGAGACCCUUUUUGUUGAUGAGGUUCUUGUAGUAGUUGUUCUCAAAAUGUGUGGGUGUUUGUAGGUCUAAGGGUGCUAAAUUGUUGUCUCCUGUGCCAUUUUGCCUUGGACAAUUUUUCUGCCUUAACUUGGCAAAUGAAGGGUCAAUGUCGGUGUCAUUGUAUAUGUGACCUCUGAAACUUGUACACCUUGCUUGCCCAAUUGUGUGAGACCCUGAAAAACCACAAAAUAAAUGAAAAAAUUAAUUAAUUAA